CACUGUGUUCAGACGUGUUCCUCCGCUCCCCGCACCCCGUGAUAGUCAAUUCCAUAUUAUCCAUCCAUUAAAAUAUAGCAUUCUACCCGGCGAGUCCGUCAAAAUGUGCCCAUGAAUGAGUCAGCGGCGCUCAACCUUUGGCGCGUGUUACGUAACAAAAUCGAUAUCCCGGGCGUAUAAAUAGCGAGUUUGAGAACAGCUGGCUGUGGGCCAGCCAUGAUGCAACCUUCGAGAAUGCGUCGCCCCCGGCGGCACCGUUGGCUGACGGUAUCCGUCUUCUUCAUCGCGUACACCGUCUUCCACGCGGUGCUGGGCAAGGCUUCCGAACCUGCUGAUCCUAUAGUUGAGGUGACAGCGGGACCGGCGGUCAAGAGCACGGGGGCUGAUGUUAAAGAAGCAGAAUUACCUGAAGAAGAAAAAGAAGUAGCGAACGGCGGAGAGAGAAAGAAAGCGCUAAAAGGUUUCGAUGAAGAAGAAGAUGAAGGGGAAAAGAAGAAACAGAAGGACGCUGGCUAUGAAGACAGUAAAGAAACGGUGGAAAUACGUAAUGAAGAAGAAAGGGAAGAAGAGGAAGAAGACGCCAUACCCACUGUCCACCCGCUGAGGAACUGCACACCACCAGCUAUUGAACAGUUCCCUCGCCCCCUGAUGGGUCAGACUGCUCGGAAGCACGGUGGGCUGAUCAUCCACGUGUUAGUUGCUGUAUUCACCUUCAUCGGCCUCGCCAUCGUCUGUGAUGAGUACUUCGUCUCCAGCCUCGACAGGAUCUGCGAAGAACUUCAGCUGGCUCCAGACGUAGCUGGUGCAACUUUCAUGGCCGCCGGCAGUUCCGCACCGGAGUUGGCUACCGUUGUUAUUGGAGUGUUCUGUGCUCAGGAUGAUAUUGGUGUAUCCGGCGUCAUUGGCUCAGCCGUCUUCAACAUCAUGUUCGUGAUCUCCGUCUGCGCGCUCUGCGCCGGCACCGUUUCGCAUCUCAACUGGUGGCCUCUCUGCCGCGACUGCUUCUUCUACGCCAUAUCCAUUCUGGUCAUGCUGUGUACCAUCGCCAAUGGCUAUGUGUCCUGGCCGGAAGCCCUGUUCAUGCUUAUCAUGUACGGGGUAUACUGCGUGGCUCUGCGGUUCAACGUGGCGUUGGAGCGCUGGGCUCUGACGCUGCCGCUGCCUUUCAAGUUGCCUACGCGAGAGGAGCAGGCCGCAUUGGUCACUUACAAGGGCGGAGUGCCCGCGCCGGUGGUGCCCAACCCGCCCACCGCCGAGACCGAGUACUCCCAGAUGGACGGCAGCACCGACCAGCCGCAGCAGACACCCUACAAUCCGACUGGCGCGUACGACAACGUGGGCUACAACGCGGAUCCGCUCAACGCGUGGGACCCCAACACCACGUGGGACCCCACUCGCGCCUGGGACGACACCUCCAUGCAACAGCCGCCCCCGCAGCCCCCGCAACAACAACAGCAGCCGGAACAGCAGAUCUCCCCGCAACAGCAGGCACAGGCGCCACCGCAGCAGGCCCCAGCCGCGCCGGCGUACUACAAGGCCAGGGAGUACAACCCCGAGACCGCCGUCAACCCCCUCGUCAAACCCGUCAACGCCAACCACCUGCAACUCGCGUGCUGGUACGUGGCGUACCCGGUCCACUGGACGUGCCUCCACACGAUGCCCGACUGCCGCGGCCGCUGGUACCCCGUCACAUUCGUUAUCUCCAUGCUCUGGAUCUCUUUCUACUCCUACUUCAUGGUGUGGAUGAUCACUAUUAUUGGCUACACCCUGGGCAUCCCGGAUACGGUGAUGGGUCUGACUUUCGUGGCGGCCGGCGUCUCCGUUCCCGACGCGCUCUCCUCUCUCGCUGUCAUUAAAGAAGGAUACGGUGACAUGGCGGUGUCGAACGCCGUGGGUUCCAACGUGUUCGAUAUCCUGGUGUGUCUCGGGCUGCCGUGGUUCAUACAGACCGCCAUCAUUCACCCUGGUAGCCACGUCAACGUCAUCAGUAAAGGGCUAAUCUACUCCACUCUCUCCCUGUUCUCCACCGUGAUAUUCCUGGUGGUGGCGACUCACGCUAACGGCUGGAAGCUGGACCGCAAGUUCGGUGCUGUGCUGAUGGUGUGGUAUCUGCUCUUCAUCACGCUGGCCAGCCUGUACGAGCUGAACAUCUUUGGGGACUACCACCCGCCGGACUGUGACUCGGCCUAUUAAAUACUCGUUAUCACGAGAAACUAUAACAGCUCCAUGUAACAGAACUUCCAACUGUUGUUUGUUACAUCAUUGCAGUUAUAAACCAUUUGCUUUAAAAAUAUGUUGACAGCUAUAUUUUGACAGUUGAUUAUUUAAAAAAUCUUAACUAAUUCUUAAUCUGUGUUAAUAAC